UAUACAUCGAUCUUUUAUUCGAUUUGUGUCUCUUGUCGAAUAAGCUGUUCAAUAAGUUGCUGAUAGAGAAAAUGACAUCCCAUUCUCAUCCUUUAUAUUUUGAAGAUAAUGUUAAAUAUUCAUAUGUAAAUAGAGUAUCCGUAGAAGAAACAGAUCAUGUUGACUUUAUUUAUCAAGUUGCAAAGCCUAAUUGUUGUACUCAAAAUAACAGUAAUUUUAGCACAUUUGAUAACUCUAAGAUAAUUGAACCAUUAUAUACCAAAUUUACAAAUUAUGAAGAUUUUAAAGAGAGAACUUACGGACUAUUGCACGGCAACACAUCUGCACCUACAAGACCAAUGAAUCUUAUACCACUGAAUAUGGGUGAACAAAAAUAUAUUAAUAUCGAAUUUUAUGAAGCCUGUUAUCCUAUCAGAGUGACCAUACUGAUAAAGAUAUACAAAAAUGUUAAACGAAUUUGGGCACAAAAAUCUGAUGAUCAAUGGUUUCUAUUGUGGAAUGAAAAGAAUUGGUCUUUUCAGAUGACUUCAAUUCCAGACCUAUACAAUAUGAUCCCGAAUUUAUGGCCAUGCGAUUUUAAAACCAAAGUGCUUAAAUUAGAAUAUUGGCAUCACUCAGGAAGCUGUAUGGACAUAGCUGUAAUGCUUAUUGGUACAUCAGAAUUAAUUCUUCCUAGAUGUCCUAAAGAGAACUUAAGUAACUUGUUAGGAAGCAUGUGGCAACAUAUACGCACAUAUCGUGAAGACCCACAUUCGAACGUACUUCAACUUCAAAAGAACUUUGACAAAUAUUGUAUUAUUUGUAAAAGCGAUACAAUAGAGAGUUUUCAUGAGAGUAAGCUUGGGUACGAGCAAGUGUCUCAACAGAUGGCCCCUGAAGUGCCAUCUUUUAGGCAAGGAUAUUUGCAUCGUUUUUUAAAAAAUUGUUUAAAUUAUAAAAUGUGUGUAAAAGAUGUCAAACCUCCUUCAGAUGAAUCCAAAGAGAUAAUAUCUGCUUGCAAUUUUUCAACGCUCUCUGAUGAAGUGAUACUGGAAAUAUUGAAAAACUUAGAUGUGACAUCAUUAAGUCGCAUGAGCAGAGUCAAUAAACGCUUCAAUAAUUUAUCACGCGAUCCUCUGCUGUACAAAUGUUUGAACUUACGGAAUAUACACCUAACAUAUAUGCAUACAAGUAUCUGUCAGUUCUUUGAUUACUUUGCACCCAGGUGUAAACGUAUACUCCAAUUGGAUCUGGCAUAUUGCGAAUUUUUUGCUCCGGAGUUUAGGGAAUUUAUAAAAACUUGCUGCAGACAUUUAACACACCUACGAUUAAGUCACUGCGAUUAUGUCUUUAAUUCUAACCUACGUGAUAUUUCAGAGAUAUGCAAAAAUUUGAAAGAAUUGGAUCUAAAUUAUUGUGGUUGCAUAAGUAACGAAGGUAUUUUACACCUUAAAAAUUUACAGUUUUUGGAAAGUUUACAACUUGCACGUAUACCUAGAUUACAAACUAAGACUUUAUGUGAUGUACUACAGAAAAAUCGACAGAUGCGUAACUUAAAUUUAGCAAAUACGCGUUUAAACAUAGAUACAGUCGCUAUAGAAUUAAAAAAUUGCUUCAAUUUGGAAAGAUUAAAUUUAAUGGAUUGCUCUUUUACAUCGCAAGGGAUCGAUGCUCUUGCCGAUUGUAAGAAUCUGAAAGAAAUAAAUUUUUCUAGCUGCAAGAUAAUCGAUUCUAGUGACAAUGGUGGUGUUCUCUAUAGAUUGUUUUCUUCCUGUCAACGCCUGGAAAAAGUCGACUUGAGCAAAUUUGAAUUUAUCACCAAGCGUGAUUUGGAAACACUAGCUUUGUGUAAAAAUUUAAAAUACUUAAACUUGGUGAGCUUGGAUUCUGUGACACCUGAUAUAUGUUCCCAAUUUUUCACGAAAUGUUCUAAACUGAUCGAGAUCGAUCUCACCUUUUGUGAAAAUAUAAGUCAGAGCUUGGUUGAUCAGUGGAACGAAAUACUCAAUACAAAGAAAAUGACAUCCCAUUCUCAUUGUCUUGUACAUUUUAAAAAUAAUAUAAAUUAUUCAUAUGUAAACAGAGUAUCCGUAAAAGAGGCUGAUCAUGUAGACUUUAUUUAUCAAGUUGCAAAGCCUAAUUGUUGUACUCGAAAGAACAGUAGCAGAUUUGUUAACUCUAAGCUAAUUGAACAAAUUAAACCUAUCAAAUUUACAGAAUAUGAGGAUUUUAAAGAGAGAACUUACGAACUAUUGCACACACCACCUAUGAGGUUAAGUGAUUUUAUAACAAAGUAUAUGGCCAAAUUUCCGUUGAACUAUAUUAAUAUCGAAUUUUAUGAAGCCUGUUAUCCUGUCAGAGUGACUAUACCGAAAAAAUGCGGAUACUACAAUGUUGAACGAAUUUGGGCACAAAAAUCUGAUGAUCAAUGGUUUAUAUUAUGGGAUAAAAAAAAUCUGAACUCUGUUUGGCGGAUUACAAUAUCAGGACUAUAUUGUGCGGAUUUACGGCCGUACGAUUUUAAAACCAAAAUGUUAAAAUUAGAAUGGGAAUACUCAAUAAGCUACAGGGCGCUAGGUGGUCAUGUAAUGCUUAUUGGCACAUCAGAAUUUAUCCUUCCUAGAAGUCCCAAGUGGAACUUAAACAACGUGUUAGAAAGAAUUCGUCGGAUUAAUCGCUCUUAUCGUCACAAUUAUAAGAAAGUUUUUAAUACAACACCAGAUCUUAAAGAUCCACAUUUGGAUGUACUUCAACUUCAGGAAAACUUUGACGAAUAUUGUAUUAUUUGUAAAAGCGAUAUAAUAGAGAGUUUUCAUAAAAGUAAGCUUGGGCACGAGCAAGUGUCUCAACAGAUGGCCCCUGAAGUGCCAUCUUUUAGGCAGGGAUAUUUGCAUCGCUUUUUAAAAAAUUGUUUGAAUCACAAAAAGUGUGUAAAAGAUGUCAAACCUGUUUCAGAUGAAUCCACAGAGAUAAUAUCGGCUUGCAAUUUUUCUACACUCUCUAGUCAAUAA